CAAAGUUCCUAAGAAGAUGUUGUAAACUUCUACAUUUCAAAUAUAAGCAGAAGAAAAAUAAUCUAGUUUGUGCAGCUACAGGAAAAGAAAGAAGAUAUAUUAAUUGCUUCUUGACUGAGAACUUGACACAUCGAAGAUAUCCUGAUGGCAAAAUACGUAAAAACAACACAGUUAAGAUUCCACCCUGUCAGUUACAGGAGGUUCCCCAUCAUGUGGAUGAAAAAUAUGGUUAAGAAAGAGGUAGCGAAGCAAAUUUCAGAGCUACGUUCAGAGCUCCUUCUCAAGCAUCUCUCCCAGAAAAAGGAGAUGUUAAAAGUGAUUCAGGAGCAGCUGAGAAAACUAGUGAGAGAUGAAGAAAUUCCGAUGCCCCCACGUUACAGACAUUGUAUGACACCGAGGUGGAAGAAGAAACUGGAGGAAGAAUACACAGAGGACACUGAUGAGGACGAAGAAGAUGCAGACAAAUUACUGCGGCCAAGGAGGCCAACGAAAUUAGGCUAUCACGUUUUUGAAACGUUCUCUGACACUGAUAGCACCUGCAUACUCCCACUACACAGCGACGAUUACAUCGGUGAUAGUGAAACCGGGGAUGUCUUAAAUGACGCUCACACCAGCUCACAAUCAAACCACAAGUUUUCAUCAGAUGUCACCACCGUCAUCAGUCAAGUGAUGAAGGAAUUAGAGGAGGAAGCAUCCAGUGAUUACUUUUUUCCAUCUCCCAGCCUCAGGGCCGGCAAUAUAAGAGAGGAAGAGGAAAAGGCCCAGGCGGAUAAAAUCAACAAGGAAGAAGCUUUGCUGAUGGAGAGUCAGUGGAUGGAAUGGAUGGACAGGCAGGAAACCAGAGGGUCAAACAAUCGUAGAGGAAAUCCAGUUGAACAACAGGGAGCGGCAGCAUCUCACGUAGCAGAGGCGGAAAUAAGAAGACCUUUGACAGCAGUGGACUCCAUAAACAAAAUGAAGACACGUCUCUGUGAUUAUUUUAUUCCUCAUAGGUGGGAGAGAUUUGAAGACGAGGACUGACAUUUUUUUCAUUUAUUGUUCAUGGCAAGCUUAAUAAAACACAGGAAAAAAAUGAUAUCAAUGAAAAAGAUUGAAGAUAA